AUGGAUCAGGCCAGAGCAUCGUCCACCUUUGAUCCCACAAAACUGACAGUGAUGAUAUAUGACAACGACGAAACAGUCGUUUCCCGACGAGCGGCGUUCCACCGCGUAGAGAGCUCCCUGGGGUUACUCGAUAGCAUGAAGCUGCCGCACAUAUACUCAGGCCUCGACCGUGAAGGGCUCUAUCUCGAAGGGGUCAGACGGGCGCGCGUCAUCACGAGUGACAUGAUAGCCCACAACCACAGCCACUUCCAGUGGUUGAACGAACGGUACCAGAUAUGCAACUCAUCUCCAUUCGGCAUGAAUUUCCUCAUGUUUCGCCGAACAAUAGAGUUGCAGGGCACACCGGAACAACAGCGCCACUGGCUACCACAGAUCGACCAGAUGAGCAUCAAUGGCGCAUAUGCUCAAACGGAAUUGGGCCACGGGACAUUUGUCCGUGGCAUCGAGACAACGGCAACCUUCAAUGUUGAAACGGAUACAUUCACGAUCCAUUCACCUACCCCGACUUCCGUCAAGUACUGGCCAGGUGGGUUGGGCUUCAGCUGCUCCCAUGCCCUCGUUGCGGCAAGAUUGAUCACUCAAGGCAAGGACCAUGGAGUGCAUAUGUUCAUGGUUCAGAUUCGCUCUCUGGAUGAUUUCACCCCCGUAUACGGGGUAGAGCUCGGCGACCUAGGCAUGAAAAUAGCCUACAAUGGGACGUGUAACGGCUACGCACGGUUCAGAUACUUGGUUGUCCCCCGGAGCAGUCUGCUGGCUGGCCAUGCGCAGGUUUCCCGCGAGGGCACGUAUAGUCAGACACAGACUCAGAAAGAUACCCUCCCAAUAUCUAAGAGGGUUUACUCAACCAUGCUUGAUACACGGCGAAACAUUGUCCGAUGCGUUGCCUUUGGACUAGCCCAGGCCGUGACGAUCGCCGCGAGGUACUCUACUGUCCGAGAGCAGGGCAGGCUGAUGUUUGCCGACGCGGCAGAACAGGAAGAACGAGCAAUUGUGGUCUUCCAAUCUCAGCACUACCGCCUGCUGGCCCUCAUCGCACAAUCGUAUGCAAUUCUAUUCGCCGCCAAAGACUUCGACUUGAAGUACGAAAGUCUGAUCCGCGAACAGGCUAACGACAUCCAUACGGGGUUGCCAUUCAUGCACGCCCUCAGCACAGGCCUGAAAGCAUGGGCGACUACCAUCGCUAGCACUGGUGCUACCGAUGCACGCAAGAUGUGCGGAGGCCAUGGAUUCGUUGCACUGUCCGGCCUCCCAGAGAUCGAGGGGACAGUGUCUGCUACCGUCACCUUCGAGGGCGAGAACUAUGUCAUGUGGCAGCAGCUCAUGACAUACUUGUUUAAGCAGGUCAAAGCGUCGUGCGCCGGCCAUGGCGUUGAUGUAGAAGUUAAGGGCUAUAUGGACGGCGUCCGCGCAUACCUCAAUAGCGGAAUGGCUCCGGCUAGCACGCCAGGUUGCGAGAAGGGCGAGUUUUUAAAUGGCCGCACGUUGCUGUCCAUCUAUCAGGAACGUUCUCAGCGACUACUCGCCGCUGCGUAUAGUUCCUACACAGAGAUGUGUGGUCGCUGUUCCCCAGCAGAAGCGUGGAACAAGUGCAUGAUGUCGACCUUGUCAGCCGGGCAGGGAUACGUGGAAUACAUCGUCUUAAAAUCCUUCCGAGAGCGGACAUAUUCUACAAGUACGGGGGAUGCGCCACUGUCGCGGGUACUGUCUCAGUUAUUCUCUUUGUUUGCGCUCACAACAAUCGUCACUCCGGGAUUAUCCUUUGCGUCGGGUUCCUUCCUUGAAUACGGGCUACUCACUCAUGGCCAACUCAACGUGGCCCGCCUCCAUAUUAUCGAGCUUCUAGCUGAUCUUCUCCCGAAUAUCAUUGCCUUGACAGAUGCGUGGGACUUUACGGAUAGUAGCCUCUGCAGUGCAUUAGGGUGCAAGGACGGGAAUAUCUAUGAGCGCCUACUGAGCUGGACCCAACAACUGCCGGCAAACACAGGGAGUACCGUGGAGAAGGCAUGGACGGCGCCUGAGGGGAUGCAGGAAUUCUUCAAGGCGAGCCGGUUGUAA